UGAAACGCCCCCGCCGCCAUUUGGAGGGGCCCCUGCCGCCAUGUUACAGCCCCCCGUCGGCGCGGCCCCGCUCUUGCGCUCCAGCCACCAGAGCCGCGCCAGCGUCAGGUGACCCGGCCGCGGCCCCGGGCCACCUCCUGCCGCCGCCGCGCGGGGCGGAGCCUCCCGCGGCCAGUGCGGGCGGCGGCCGCGGCGCGGCGCUUGCGCGGCUGGGUGUCGCGGCGCGUCCCGUUCCCGUCCCGCUGCGGAGGCGCCGAGCCAUGUGGAGCCGUUACCGGGCAGCGGGGCGGCUGCUGAGCCUCAGCCGGUCCCUGAAUCAGAAGUCAUGGCGGUGGAAGAGCGUUUCCGCUAAUGAAAGAGCGCUGCAGUACACGAUAGGAGAGCAGAUCCACGGCUUCACCGUCGAACAGGUGACAGCUGUUCCUGAGCUGUUCCUGACUGCAGUGAAGCUUAGUCAUGAUAAUACAGGAGCUAGAUAUUUACAUGUGGCUCGAGAGGACUCCAAUAAUCUCUUCAGUAUACAGUUCCGUACCACUCCAAUGGACAGCACUGGCGUCCCACAUAUCCUUGAACACACUGUGUUGUGUGGUUCUCAAAAGUAUCCUUGCAGAGAUCCGUUCUUUAAAAUGUUAAACAGAUCUCUGUCCACUUUCAUGAAUGCAUUCACAGCUAGUGAUUACACACUCUAUCCAUUUUCAACACAAAAUCCCAAGGAUUUUCAGAAUCUCCUUUCAGUGUACUUGGAUGCAGCUUUCUUUCCAUGCUUGAGGCAACUAGAUUUCUGGCAAGAAGGUUGGAGGUUGGAACAUGAGAACCCAACUGAUCCUGAGACACCUUUAGUCUUCAAAGGAGUUGUUUUUAAUGAAAUGAAAGGGGCAUUUACAGAUAAUGAGAGACUAUUUGCACAGCACCUGCAGAAUAAACUCCUUCCUGACCACACUUAUGGUGUAAUAUCUGGUGGAGAUCCAUUAAGUAUUCCUGAUCUUACAUGGGAGCAGCUUAAACAGUUCCAUGCCACACAUUAUCAUCCAAGCAAUUCCAGGUUUUUCACUUACGGUAAUUUUCCACUGGAGAAACAUUUGAAACAAAUUCAUGAGGAAGCGCUGGUAAAAUUUCAACGAAUUGAAUCAAAUACUGAUAUCCCAAAACAGAAACUCUGGGAAAAUCCUAGAGAACACUGCAUAAAAUGUGGCUUAGACUCAUUUGCUGCAGAUCCUUCCAAGCAGACAACUGUCAGUGUCAGCUACCUGUUGACAGAUAUUACAGAUACUUUUGAAACCUUCACACUAAGCCUGUUGUCUUCCCUGUUGGUUGAUGGGCCUAAUUCUCCGUUCUAUAAAGCCUUAAUUGAGUCCGGUGUUGGUACAGACUUUUCUCCUGAUGUUGGGUUUAAUGGCUCAACAAGAGAUGCUUAUUUCAGUGUGGGUCUACAGGGUAUUGCUGAGAGAGAUGUUGAUACCGUGAAACAGAUUAUUGCUAGAACAGUUGAUGAAGUUAUUGUGAAAGGAUUUGAAGAAGAUAGGAUUGAAGCUCUACUUCACAAAAUUGAAAUCCAGCUGAAGCAUCAGUCUACAAGUUUUGGACUUGCCCUGACAUCUUAUAUAGCAUCCUGCUGGAAUCAAGAUGGUGAUCCAGUGGAGCUUCUGAAGAUUGCAGAUAAAGUUGCUCGGUUCAGGCAGUGUCUUAAAGAGAAUCCCAGAUUUCUUCAGGAAAAAGUUGAAACUUAUUUUAAGGAUAAUCCACACAGAUUGACUCUGUCGAUGAGUCCAGAGGAAGCCUACUAUGACAAACAAGCAAAAAUGGAAGCAGAAAAACUGAAACAGAAGAUCAGUGCUCUUUCUGGAGAAGAGAAAAAACAAAUCUUUGAAAAAGGUUUGGAAUUAAUUGCUCUUCAAAGCAAGUCUGAGGAUACCUCUUGUCUCCCAGCUUUGAAAGUGUCUGACAUUGAGCCCAAAAUCCCAUUCACUGUGCUGGAGACAACACUUGCAGCUGAUGAAAUUCCUGUCCAGUACUGUGCUCAGCCAACUAACGGGGUGGUGUAUUUCAGAGCUGUUUCCAGCUUGAACACGCUUCCAGAGGAGCUUAAACCAUAUGUGCCACUUUUUUGCAAUGUCAUUACAAAGAUGGGAUGUGGAGCCCUUGAUUACAGGGAACAAGCCCAGAAAAUAGAGCUGAAAACAGGUGGGAUGUCUGUUAGCCCACAUAUCAUUCCAGAUGAUUCACACCUGGAUGUGUAUGAACAGGGUGUGCUCUUUUCAUCUCUGUGUUUGGACAGAAAUCUGCCGGACAUGAUGCAUCUAUGGAGUGAAAUAUUUAACAACCCCCGAUUUGAGGAGGAAGAACAUUUUAGAGUACUGGUUAAGAAGACUGCCCAGGAGCUGUCGAAUGGGAUUCCUGAUUGUGGGCAUUUAUAUGCAUCUAUUAGAGCCAGCAAAAACCUUACGCCUUCUGGAGAACUGCAAGAAAUGUUCAGUGGGAUGGAUCAGGUGAAGCUGAUGAAGAGAAUAGCAGAAAUGUCUGAUAUUAAACCAGUACUACGCAAAUUACCACGCAUUAAGAAGUAUUUAUUAAAUAGUGACAAUAUCAGAUGUUCGGUAAACGCUGCACCACAACAGAUAUCAGAAGCAUCUAAAGAAGUAGAGAAAUUCAUAAAGGGCAUAACUAAAAGCAAAAAAGAGAGAAAACCUGUCCGUCCCCAUGUGAUUGAGAAAUCUUCAGAAGUCAAACCUGUGGGACACGAAAUGCUUAAUUCUUUGCAGAUCACAAGGAAACUAAUUAAUUUCUCGUUUGAAGAUCAUUUAGCUAACUUCACAUCCGUACAUGCAGACAAAUGUACACUUAAUGCCGUCUUUUGUAAGUGAUGCUUAUUUUAUUUUUAUCCCGGUUUCUUCCAGAACUGCACUUGUGUAGUGUCAUUGCCAGUUUACCCCCUUCUUUCCUUCCCCUCUUCCCUAUGUUAUUUUGAAUUUAAAUGACAUCUGACAGGAAGUCAUUAGUGAUAAUUAAAUUCUGUGAAAAUUUGUAUUUGGCUACAGGAGAGUAACCCAGUUUAGUGUACCCUGAGCUUCCCACUGAGAAGAAACAGGGAAGAGCUCAGCCCAAGGUUUUGCUUGCUGAUCAGUCAUGCAUAUGCUGCUGUCCUUGGCCCAGUCGGUCAGAGAUGUCGGGAGCUGGGGGGCGUCUCUCUGAAAUUAGGAAAGAACUUGGGAGUGUUGAGACGGAGUCAUAAAAGAUAUUAGAGGUGUCCAAGGCUCUGCUCAUGCUUAAGUAAGGGAACAAAAGUGUGUGUGUGUGUGUGUUUGUGAGAAAGAGAGAGAGAUGGGGUGCUGCAGGGGCUUAGAGGCAGGAGAAAGACUGGAAGUAGUGAAGUGGGAGCAUAAGGAGGAAGCGAGUAUAUUGCAGCAUAUGUUUGAGCUGAAAUUCAUACAGCUACUGCUGUUCAUAAAACAGCUUCUUUUUUUGUGGCUUUCAGUUUUUGAGUUUGGUUUCAAUAUCUAAAAUUGAGUCAAUGGACUCAAGUAUGAUGUGGUGACCGUGUACUUAUGUGGGAAUAGAAGUGGGGAUUUAGAAACACUCAGUCCAUUCAAAGUAAAGAUAUUGCAAGAGACUCAAACUCUUUGUCUGGUAGUAGUAAGAACACAACUGAGAAGCUGGUGUACGAGGAUGGGUAGCUGAUGUACAGUAUCGAUGAACUUUAGUUUCUCAAGACAAUUAUAUGUUCAUAUUUGAUUUAUACAGGAUUAUUACAGGAUAUUAUAUGGGCACGUGCUAAACGUCAGCAGCUGCAAUGUUGAUCAAGUGGCAGCUUAAGCAGUUGUGUCCUGUGUGUCUGUAUGUUUGGCAUAAUUUCAUAGUUCUCAAAAAAGCCAAAGUUGUCAAAUGGACAAGUUGUCUUAUUUCUGCUAACUGUGGCAAGAAUGCACUUUUC